AUGCCGACUUCGACCAGACUGACUGGCAAGAAGGCGGAACCCAAAGCCAAACGCCAGAAGACAGAUAGCAAGACAGAGAAUGAGUUGGCUGCUGAGCUUGCAGACCACCCGGCAAUCCAAGAAAUCAAGAUGUGGACAGAUGUUCUUGCGGAAGAGCUUAAGGCAGCUUCUUCGGCUGGGCCUCUCGACAGUUGGGGCGGAAUCUACAGCUUUGACCUGAGUGAGUACAAGUCCCAGAUGAAAGCAUCUGGAGCCUACGAAUGCCUGGUGACGUUCGAUUCCAUCGACAUCUGCACAUUUGCACACAGGACAUUGCCACCCUCCAUAGGUUGUGUCAAGACCUUGGCCGAGAACAGCUUCCUCUCUGCCGAUGGCAACUUUGAAUUUCGCGCCUGGGAUGAGGCCAUAGUGGUUCGGGCGAUCAGCAAGACAGAUCCUCCUGCGUGGGGUUCUUUGGAGCCAUGUGGCGGGGAUGCGCUCAGCCCCUGGCACCAGCAAAGCGAACUGUUCUGGAUGGAAGCAGUCUUUCGGCAGCUGGUGCGCUGGCAGAUGAAAUCCAGAUUGGUGGUCCAUGCCAUGCAGUGCCGCGACCCAAAUUGGGAAUCCAAGAUCUCAACGGGCCUCACGGCAGCCUGGCCUGCCUGGGAAAACCGAGACCAAAUCUUGAGCAUUGUCCCGAUAGCCUUCGGCGACAUUGCUUUCACGCCGCCUUUCGAAAACCACUUGCUAAGAGUGUCUUUCCUUUACGCUUGGUACCGCUGCCUGACCGACGGCAAGAAUCAGCAGAGCCAGAAAUCUUUUCAGAAGGGGGCAAGGGCAUUUCGAGUGAGAUUCCGCUACCUUCCAUCUUGGGAAGAUUAUGAGCUUGCCAAGUGGAAAGCUGCCGACCAUGCGAUGGACGUCGCAGAGUCCCAGGUGCUGAUGGGAUUGAAAAAAACGAAGGCAGUGUAUGAUGUGCAGAUUGCCCUGAAGAGCCAAGGAUUUUCGGCAUCACAAGAAGAUCUUAGCAAGUGGUUUUCGAAAGGCGGCGUGAAAGCAAUGUCGCCGAAGGCUAUCGGGACAAUGCUCAAGAUUUGGUCUCGGUUUUCCCAGGCAGGCCAGGCUGCCGUGAGGGCCGUUGAGAUCUUGGAUUCCCAAUUUGGGUCGCGGCACUGCAUGGCAUGGACCACCAAUCUGGAUUUCAUCUGCCAGCGCACCAGCUGCCGAAAGACCAGUUCCAUCCAGAACGCCUUGCUGGUCUGGUGCCUUGAGUGCUUGCUGGAAGAUGUUGGGUGCAAACGCUUCCCUCCAGACCUGAACCAGCCAUCCUUGAAGAUCGUCGUGAGCCGGUACCUCCUGAAGAAGCGAGUCUUGACUUACAUCGCGAGGAAGUUUCCUGCUUUGGACGAAGCAGGCAGAUCCUACGACACCAGAUUUCACCCAAGCAAGGUUUUGGACAACGUGUUCUCCACUGUAGCAGCUUGGAAAGAGUCUGGCUUGAGCAGCACUUUGCCCACAAACCUCAGUUGGCUGCAGCUCUUGCCUGAAUACCAGCAGCAGCUCCUUCAAUUUGGUACGCAGUUGCUUCGGGGCUCUCCAGAUCUGGACAGAGUCAUGGAUGCCGCACUUGACCGCGACGCGCUAGUUGCAGCGGAGGUCUUCUUGAUGGGAGCCGACUUCCAGAAGCUUGGUAUCUAUCACCAUGAUGAGUUCUUGGAAGCAGCUGCUGCAGCCAAGCGUGGCCCAGAAGCACCUGAGCCGGCUCAGGAGCAAGUUGCUGCAGCAGAAGAACCCGUGCAGGUGGCAAGUGCAGCUGAGGAGGUUGCAGAGGAACCUUCUCUUCAAACUGCGGAAGCCGAGGAGGAUACCAAGCCAGAUGCCAUGGUUGUUGAAUUAGAAGGUGAGCCUGACAAGUUGGAUAGGCUUGCGUCUUUUCCUACCUUGCGGGAAAGCAUGCCAGACACGUUCCAAGACAUCCUGUACAAGAACAAAUGUGACGUCGCUUUUGCACAGGUUGCCCCAGCUUCUUCAGAGUGGAGAAACUACACCUUCCCUGCGGGCCCCAAGCUUUUCCGCAUGGAUUUGAAAACGCGACGGAGCGAGCCGGAUGCGAAGACACCCUACAAGAAGGUGCCCCAGACAUGCAAGACAGAGCAGAGGAACAUCUUGCAAGCUUUGCUUGGCGAUCCUGCCAUCACAGGAGACCAGCAGUUUGGCAUGAGUGCCGAAGACAUGCUGGUCUACCAUGAUGGCCGCAAUCUUCGCAACGGAAUGCAGUUCAUGAAGGAUGUGGCAAAACCUUUAGCUCUGCGGAAGGUGAUGUGGCCAGCCAGGAAAGUCGCCCAGGUCAGACUCCUUUACCACAAUGAUGAGUUUGAGACCGGUUUUGCCCGCCCCGCUCGCAGAGUUGAAAGCAGCGUGAUUUCAACCUCAAGUGCUUCCAGCCCUGAGCCGUUGGAAACCAUCUACAUCCUGAAGCCCAAAGAUGUGACGGUGCCUCUCCGUGCACGUGUUCAUGUAGAUCUACCAGGGAGAAACCGCGACCGUGGAUGGGCCAAGAAUGGUCUCAAGAAUGCAGAGGAGAGGCUGCUCACUGCUUUGCCCACCCACAUCUUGGAGAAAAUGUUUACAGGCCAAGCUCGCGGAGAUGGCCUAGAAGAUGAAGUGCUGGAUUUGGAGCCUGAACAGGAGGCAGAAGAGACGGAUGGAGAGGAGGGCAACGAUUCGACAAAGCAUAGCUUGCUGUUUCCAUGGGAAGCCGAGGAGAAGCAGGUGUUGGAAAUCUACAAUUGCUACAGCGUCAGCCAGCAGGUCACCAUCGUGGACAUUUAUGGUGGCGCAAUGGCAGCUAUUGCUGCUUGUCGUGAGAAAAGGAAUUACCUGGGAUUUGUUCCAAACACCUUCUCCCAGACCGUCCUUCAUGAGAUGGUUCUCCUGCGAGUGCUGAUUGACAUGGUCCUUGGCAGCAUCGUGACCAAGCGGCGCCAUUUGACGAGGGCCCACAGCCUGGGAGGGGAGCCCGAUGUGCAUUUUGCAGCCCACCAGCAGCCUUCCGAACCGAAUGGCCCACCAUCGCCAGGUUCAGGUGCUCCACCACCUGCAGAUCAGGGUGAAAGUGAUGACAGCAGCGUAGCCAGUGACUCGUAA